CCUGGCGGAGCGCCUGGCGGAGCACCCGGGGGCGCGCCUGGAAUGCCUGGCAUGCCGAUGACAGGUGGUAUGGCUGGCUGCCCCAGCUGCCCAAGCUGCCCGGGCAUGGGGUGCAUGAACGGCGCGCGGCCCAACGGUCCCAAUGGCGGGAUGGGGAUGAUGCCUGGAAUGCCCAGCAUGCCAGGUAUGCCAGGGAUGAUGCCGUGCAUGGGCGGCAUGGGUGGCAAUAUGCCUGGCAACACCAUGCCUAUGGGCGGGAUGCCAGGCAUGAUGGGUGGCAUGAACACUAUGAUGAACCCCAUGAUGUUCAUGAUGAUGCAGCAGAUGCAGCAGCAGAUGCAGAAACAGGGCGCUGCUGGUGCUGCAGGCGCUGGCUCCAGUAGCAAGGCCGAGAGCCGGCCAGAUCCAGGGAGGCCCACAUUUGAACCGGAUGAUGAUGAUGCCAUUGACCCUGAUGUGCAGGAACUCUGCGAUUAUUUCAACAUCGAGGAUCGAUGGAUCAAGAGACUCAAUGAGACCAUGAAGAAGCGUCAAGACACGAAAGCAGAAGAUCUGGAAAAACUCUACGAGACCUUAGAGCGCGCGCGGUCCCCCACGGGCCUUCUCACAGUGAAGAUUGGCGAGAUGGAAAGCGGCCGCUUCAUUGGCAAGGUGAAGCCGGACAAGGAAGUGGAGCGCCUGGCGCGGAAGUUUCGUUUGGACGACCCGGUGGCCUCGCGCUUCACAGAGCUGAUCCACCGGCGGAAGAAGGAUGGAGAGAUUGAUCGCAUGCACAAGGAUCUGAACACCAUCGAGCAACACCUACGACAUUGCAAGCGAGCCAAUGCCCUCGCCACCCUUUUGGUGGGAAAACUCUUGGAGGGCGAAGUGGACGAGCUUCCAGAUCUCACGGAGGCGGAACAGGUCAUGGAAAAGUACCGCUUGGACGAGGAUGCCAAGUCCAAACUGCGCGAGAUCAUCGAAAAACGCGCGGAGGACAAGGAUCAAAUCCUGGUGCGAGUGCGAAAACACCUGGACAAUUGCACCAACCCUUCGUCGAUGCUGUGCAAGAUCGCACGUCCGCUGAUUGACAAUGAGAACCUUCCAGAUCCACCAGAGCGUCCACAGGGCAAAGGUGAGAAAGGAGGUGGUAAGGGAAAAGAUAGAGACCGAGGAGACACCCGGCAGGACCGUGGCGACCGUGGCCACGACCGCGGCCACGACCGCGGCGACCGCGGCACCGCGGCGACCGGGACCGGGGGCCGCCGCUCGCGUGCGCGCUCGCGCGCGCGUCGCUCGCGGUCGCGGCGCCGGAGUCGUUCGCGACGGCGGAGCCACAGCCGGAAGCGAAGUGCUGACAGAGACAAAGAGAAAGAGAAGGAAAAAGAGAAGGAAAAAGAGCCGGAACAAGAGGAAAACAUGGAAAAGGAAAAGCAGGAGUGAACAUGGCGAACUGCAUGGCGGACCGGACCUGGGGCCGAUCCAUCGUCCGGGGAGUACAAGUUCGC